CAGCGUCAAGCCGCUGUGGAAAAGACUGAAGGGGUGCUUGGCUCGGUGCGCACUUGUGCACAGAAACCCUCCGAGUGCGCACAGUAUCAGGGGCAAUUUGCAGGCGCUGUUGAGUUUUGUAGCAGCAUCUUCAGCUCGUUGUAGGCAAACCGACCCCCGCCCUCCACCAUCUUUUUUUUUUGGCCAUGAUGCGUCUCUGAGAGGAGGUUUCCAGCGAGAAAACAGAAGUUUUUUAAUUUUUCUGGGUUUCUUUUCCAAUCAAGAGAUGAUGUUUUCGUCUGCGGGCAAACGCUGCUUCACGAUAGAGUCUCUGGUGGCCAAAGAGAACCCGCUAACGGCCGAGGAACCCAUCCGCCCGACGGCUUUAAGUUACUCCAACCCGACGACAGACGCCUUAAUCAACAGCUACCAGCCUCCUCCGACCCGCUCCCUCUACCAGAGCCCGGACCUGGUGUUCCCGGAGACGGUGAACCAUCCGUCCCUCACCGUGGCUCCUCACCAGCUCGGAGGCUCCCACCUACAGCAUCCGCACUUCUUCGGGACGCAGCACAGAGACCCGCUCAACUUCUACCCCUGGGUGUUACGGAACAGGUUUUUUGGACACAGAUUUCAAGGUAACGACGUGUCCCAGGACAGCCUGCUGCUCCACGGCCCCUUCGCCAGGAAACCCAAACGCAUCCGGACGGCCUUUUCUCCGUCGCAGCUGCUGCGUCUGGAACGAGCCUUCGAGAAGAAUCACUACGUGGUGGGAGCAGAGAGGAAGCAGCUGGCAAACAGCCUGAGUUUAUCUGAAACACAGGUGAAGGUGUGGUUCCAGAACAGGAGGACCAAGUACAAGCGUCAGAAGCUGGAGGAGGAGGGACCAGAGAGCCAGCAGAAGAAGAAGGGGAACCACCACAUCAACAGAUGGCGCAUCGCCACCAAGCAGGCCAGCUCCGAGGACAUUGACGUGACCUCAGAGGACUAAAGAAAAAAAAAAACGGCGUCCGACCUCCGACAAUGCUGCCCUGAACCCUGCGUCAACCUUCUGACGCAUCAGAGGACCAACACUAUUUAUUAUGUAAUAUUAUUGAGUAUAAUUAGAUACAUUAGAGGAAGGCUCAAGGACUCAGUCUGUGAUCACUGCUCAUCAAUGACGCGCUACAAUCAGUGAUGCCGGAAAUAAAUAACUAAAAACACAUCUUA